CGUGAAUAAGAAAGUGACUGAGAAGGGUUUUCCUUCUCCGUGGAUUAGUCUCGUUCAAACCGAACGGGGAUACCACGUAAAUCGAUUGUGCCGUGUUAUCUUUCUUCCGCUUCUUAGAUUUUUCAUGGUAUCAGAGCUGAUCGAUUGACGAUCCUAUUCCACAAUGAAUUCGGGCAGCGCCAGCGAGAGUGCGAUGGUGAACAGUAGCGGCGGUUCGGGUGGUGCUCAGAUUCCUCCGUCUGUUCCAACUGGCUUGCUUAUCCUGCCGUCCGAUAAUCCUGGACAACUCUUUGUUGGGGAGCUGCUCAACAAUUCCAAUUAUGGAGAGUGGGUUACGGAUAUGUCCGAAGCUCUCAUCGCAAAGAACAAGAUGGGGAUGGUCGAUGGUACCAUUGUUAAGCCCGAUAAUGAAGAGUUGUUGGGGGCUUGGCUUCAGUGCGACGCUCUAGUGAAGGGAUGGCUGAAAACAUGAAUGGAGAAAGAGGUCAGGACCUCGAUUUGGUAUUCCAAGACGGCGCGUGACAUCUGGGUCGACUUGGAAGCUCGCUUUGGACAGGUUUCCGCGCCUAGGGCUUACGAACUCCGGCAGAUGAUGACUUUGCUACGCUAAGAGAAGCUGACUGUCUCAACCUUUUAUACAAAAUUGAGAGGAAUAUGGGAGGAGAUGCAGACCAUCACUCCGAUCCCUAAGUGCACUUGUGGAUUAUGAACUUGUGGCGUAGAACGACGGGUGCGAACCAAUCAAGAGAGCGACCGUUUGUUCGAUUUUUUAAUGGGGCUGGACGAAUCGUUUUCGAUGGUCAAGACCCAAAUCCUCUCUAUGAAACCUUCCUUCGCCAAAUCUCGCGGAGGCUUAUCGCCUGAUCGCAACCGAGGAACAACACAAAAUAUCUCCGCAAAUCGUCGCCCGACAGUGGAAGUGGCUGCUUUUCAGGUGCAUCAGGACAAGGAUGAUCGUGAUGCUGGGCGCCAAAGAAAAGCCGCGCUGCAGUCAUUGUGGCAAAACUGGCCACGUGAAGGAGAGCUGCUUUGAGAUCAUCGGGUGGCCUGAGAAGUGGCGAGAGAGGAAGCCUCGACAGGGCGAUAAAGGACCUCGCAAAGG